UUCUGAUAUAACUGCAAUAUGGCUGGAAUCGACCCAUCCCUUGUCCUAGUUGAGGAAGACAAGGAGCUUAACAGAUUUCUGUACUGAGCGAUAUGCCUCAUGGUUGUUAAUGACCCAACCCAGUGUUCUCAAUGCCAAUCCUCCUUUUGUCAGGAAUGUAUAGAUAAAUGGAGGUUUGCGAAUAGCAACAGGUGUCCUCAUAAAUGAGAAGGCAAGUUAAAAUUAGAAAAAGUUCACAAAAUCGUCAAAAAUAUGUUAGAUGAUCUUCAAAUCAGAUGUCAGUAUCACAAUGAUGGAUGCGAGAGCAUCCUAACUGGUGAUCCUGUUGUCAGAAAUAAGCAUUACUUAGAAUGAGAGUUUGCCAAAAUUCAAUGCAAGUAAUUCCCAAUGUGAGGUAAUCACUACUCGAGGCAAAAUGGCUGAGCAUUCUCUUGUAUGUGAAUACAGAACCCAAAAAUGAACUAAAGGAUGCUCUAAAAUUCUCAGGAUUACAGAAGUAGAAGAUCACAAUUGCAUUUCAGCACUAGAAGAUUUAAUAAUUGAGCUCAGAGAGGAAUGAAAGGAAAGAACUGAAGAAGUACUCGAAUGCAAAGAAGAAAUCAAAGCUCUUAAAGCUGAAGUUGCAGUCCAGAAAUACAUCCACGAAGAUAUCAAAUGUGAUGGGUGAAAGAUGUCAUCCAUAAAGACAGACAGAUUCUGUUGCAACACCUGUGAUUCCUAUAACUUAUGUCUCUUCUGAUACUGAAGGAAUUCUCAUAAGCAGCAUAACUUCACAAUCUAUGGGGCUCUUGGAGUCCUGAUCCUACAUGAGAGUAAGACACCAGAGAAAGUAAAUCCUGAUCAAAUAAUGAAGAAAGAGAUCUUUCUCAAAAAUGUUGGAGAUAAAAUUGAGAUUACUGUUUUCCCCUACAAACAGCCGAGACCUCUCCAAGAAUUUAAAAGUACUUUCAGUACUAUAAAUACGAAUGAGUCUGGAAGUGUGUACUUCCAUUUCCAGGUCCCUUCAGAAGUUGGGGUCUAUGAAAACCAAUUCAGGUUUUUCUGCAACAAAAGACACGAGAAGUUUGGCUCAAUCAUCAAAAUUAAAUAUGAAGUAGUGGAGCCAUAA